UGCCCGGCGCGUGCCAAGGGUGUGAGGGUUGAUGUGUUGUCGUUGCAGGCGGUGGGCGGCGGGGGCGGCGCAGCGGUGUGUCCAGUGUGCGGGAAGGCCUUCCAGGGGCGCAACCGCCGCCAGAACCUGGCCCACCACCUGCUAACGCACACGGGUACCCGGCCCUUCCCAUGCCCCCAUUGCAGCUACAGGGCCACUCAGAAGGCGCACCUCAAGCGCCACCUGGAGCGCAGGCACGGGCAGGCGGGCGAGCGGCUACACGCCGCCCACGGCGCCCACCCCGCGGGCGCGCUGACUCAGGGCUUGGAGGCACAGGAGGUCUCCGCCGAAGGGACGUCGCAGCCCUUCACGCCUUUCCCUUAGACGAGUAGACGCUGGGGCCGAAGGUGCAUUUCUCUGGGACGGUGAAGCAACCACGUUUUCUUUUCUUUUCUACUGAAUGUAUUCCUACAUUACCGGUAUAAAUAGAAUAUCUCAUUUUGAAAAAGUGAUUCAUUAUGGAAAUGUGUACAAAUGUUUUUAUUAUUCAAUAAACUUCAUAAUAUGACAUAUCGUUUCAUUGGCCUCUAUAAGUGCUUGGUAUCUGUUUCCCUUUUCGAAAACUUCCUGAAAGAUUAGAUAAGCCUAUAAGUCGAAUGACAUUUUUUCUCUCCUGCAUAUCCACACACAUCCAGUCACGGGAGCGGAGAGA